AUGACUUCCGUCGAUACCCAACUCAAGGAUGUCGCCAUCCUCGGCCAGAUCAGCGAGCCGGCCCGCAAAAUCCUCACCAAAGACGCUUGUGCCUUUCUAGCUUUGCUGCACCGCACCUUCAAUGGAACAAGAAAAGCGCUUCUUCAGCGACGCAUUGCCCGUCAGGCCGAGAUUGAUCGCGGACAGCUGCUAGAUUUCUUACCCGAGACUCGGCAUAUCCGUGAAAAUGAUGCCUGGAAGGGUGCUCCUCCUGCGCCCGGAUUGGUCGAUCGCCGCGUUGAGAUUACAGGCCCAACUGAUAGGAAGAUGGUUGUAAAUGCUUUGAACUCGGACGUGUGGACAUAUAUGGCUGAUUUUGAAGACUCGAGUGCCCCAACUUGGGAAAAUAUGGUCAACGGCCAGGUUAAUCUCUAUGAUGCGAUCCGUCGACAGAUUGAUUUCACACAGGGAGGAAAGGAAUACAAAUUGCGGACAGACAGAAAAUUGCCCACACUUAUUGCCCGUGCCAGAGGCUGGCAUUUGGACGAGAAACAUUUCACUAUCGAUGGAGAACCUAUUUCCGGCGGUUUAUUCGAUUUUGGCCUCUAUUUCUUCCACAAUGCUAAAGAGCUCGUGAGCAGAGGUGCUGGUCCAUAUUUUUAUCUUCCUAAGAUGGAAUCUCACUUGGAGGCUCGCCUAUGGAACGAUGUUUUCAACAUAUCGCAAGAUUAUAUUGGUAUUCCCAGAGGCACAAUCCGUGGUACUGUUCUUAUCGAGACUAUCACUGCUGCCUUUGAGAUGGACGAGAUUAUCUAUGAACUCAGAGACCAUAGCUCGGGUUUGAACUGCGGAAGAUGGGACUAUAUCUUCUCCUUUAUUAAGAAAUUCCGACAGAAUCCCAACUUUGUUCUUCCUGAUCGAUCAUCUGUCACCAUGACCGUGCCAUUUAUGGAUGCAUAUGUCAGACUUCUGAUCAAGACCUGUCACAGACGUGGUGUUCAUGCUAUGGGUGGUAUGGCUGCUCAAAUUCCAAUCAAGAACGACCCGAAGGCCAAUGAUGCUGCCAUGGAGAGCGUUCGCGCCGAUAAACUUCGAGAAGUGCGUGCGGGUCACGACGGCACAUGGGUUGCCCAUCCCGCCCUUGCUGCAAUUGCUUCAGACAUUUUUAACAAGUAUAUGCCAACUCCUAACCAACUGUUCGUUCGAAGGGAAGAUGUGAAUGUAACUGCCAAUGACCUACUAAAUACCAAUGUCCCUGGUAGCAUCACAGAGCAGGGUAUUAGAAAGAAUCUUAACAUUGGCUUGUCUUACAUGGAAGGAUGGCUUCGCGGUGUUGGCUGUAUCCCAAUCAACAGCCUCAUGGAGGAUGCUGCCACCGCCGAAGUCAGCCGCAGUCAGCUCUGGCAAUGGGCCCGGCAUAACGCGAUGACUGCGGAGGGCAAAAAGGUCGACAAAUCAUAUAACUUGCGAUUACUGAAAGAGCAGGCCGACGAACUUGCUGCCAAGGGACCGAAGGGUAAUAAGUUCCAGCUUGCCGCCCGCUACUUUGCUGGCCAGGUCACAGGAGAAGACUAUGCAGAUUUUCUGACAACUUUGCUAUACAACGAGAUCUCUGCUCCUGGAAGUGCAGCCAAGUUGUAA